AUGACUAUACAGCUCGAGAGACUUCAAACAUUUACAACAUGGCCGCUAGGUUAUCCUGACCCAUUUAUACUCAGUAAACUUGGAUUUUAUUAUACGGGGAAAGUAGACCAGGUUCAGUGUUGCGAAUGCUCUCAAACAAUUGAAAAUUGGCACAGUAAAUCCAAUCCUUUAGUUGAACAUUAUAAAGUAAAUAAUGGGUGUGUAUUUGUUCAAAACUACAAGGAAACUUUAUUUAAUUUCAAAAUCUCAAAAAGCACUGCAAAUCUUUAUGCCAGUACAGAAAAAAGGGUAAGGUCCUAUAGCGUUAACAAUGUGCGUUUGCCGUCAUUUCUCAGUAUAUAUUCUGUUGUAAUGGAUGACGGACAUAAAAGUAGGUUAAAUUAUAAACAUUGUGGAAUGACUACACAGCUCGAGAGACUUCAAACAUUUACAACAUGGCCGCUAGGUUAUCCUGACCCUUUUAUACUCAGUAAACUUGGAUUUUAUUAUACGGGGAAAGCAGACCAGGUUCAGUGUUGCGAAUGCUCUCAAACAAUUGAAAAUUGGCACAGUAAAUCCAAUCCUUUAGUUGAACAUUAUAAAGUAAAUAAUGGGUGUGUAUUUGUUCAAAACUACAAGGAAACUUUAUUUAAUUUCAAAAUCUCAAAAAGCACUGCAAAUCUUUAUGCCAGUACAGAAAAAAGGGUAAGGUCCUAUAGCGUUAACAAUGUGCGUUUGCCGUCAUUUCUCAGUGUUGAGUCUUUAGCUCAUGCAGGGUUUUAUUAUGUUGGACCCGGCGAUAGGGUAAAAUGUCAUAGUUGUUCGGUUAUUUUAAUCGAAUGGGAAUCUAUAGAUAUCCCCAUAGCAGAACAUUAUCGUUGGUCUCCAGACUGUGACUAUAUCAAACAA